GGGGGGGAUGAGCUGAGGAGGAGGGGGGGGAGCUCGCGCAGACGAGGGUAGGGAGCAUGCGCAGACGAGGGUAGGGAACUCGCGGAGUCGACGAGUAGGAAGGGGGAAGGGGACGAGUAGGAAGGAGGGGGAAGGGGACGAGGGAGGGAGGAGACCGUCGCGUUGUGCCCUCCCCUUCGCGUGCUGUGCCCUCCCUCGCGCGUUGUGCCCUCUCUCGCGUGUGUCGUUCUCAUAUUGACGACCCCCGCCUCUCAUAUGCACGCUCUCGACUGGUCGCCGUUGCUCAUCCAGUCCACCCCCGCUCAUCCAGUCCACCCCGCUUGUCAAGUCGACUCCAGUUGCCCGCGCUCUUUCAGUCAAUUCUCAGCUACGGAAGCCGCCUCCCCUUCCCCACCUGCCCACCCCACCUCCCUCUCCCUCUUUGACCUCCACGCCACCUCCAUUCCCUUACUGCCCACUUCCCACCCCACCACUCUCCCUCUACCUCCCUCUUUCCUCCCCACCACUAUCCCUUCACUCUCUACCUCCCCCCCACCUCCCCACCUGUGACUGCGAGCGGGAGGGCGCGUCUACUCGCUCCACUACCUCUCGUAGUCGUCUCCGCGCGGCGUCCCCACUCAUCGUCCCCGCUUCCCCCAUCGUCCCCGCUUCCCCCAUCGCAGCGACGAUCUCCCACUCGAUCCUCCUCCUCGUUCGCCUCCGCGACCUACCUUCGUCAUCAGUACGCCCACUCGACCUACCUUCGUCAUCAGUACGCCCACUCGACCUACCUUCGUCAUCAGUACGCCCACUCGGCCGCCAGUCACUCCCUCCCACGAGCAGCCGCCCGUCUCCGCUCCUCUCGGCAGCGCGAGGUGGGGAGAGGAGGAGAGGGGUGGUGGGGCGAGGUGACGCGAGGGAGAGCAGCGAC